AUGCCAGACACUACCCACACUGCUGUGACUACAGCCGUAGAGCUCCUUGGAGAGAGUACAUCCAAGACCAAUGGAACUCUGCGGUCAACCCCAAAGCAGCAGACCUUGAAACCCAGUGAGCCAGCCGAACUGGGAUCGGGAAAGCCCAAGAAAAAAUAUAGACACGUUGCGGCCUUGCACUGGAAGAAUCAGCCGUCAUGCAUCAGUCACGAAGCGGCUGUAUCUCCCAGUUUUCUUGGAUUCCGCAAUCUUCUCGUUCUGGUCGUGAUCGUCAUGAAUCUUCGACUUGUGGUGGAGAACUUCAUGAAGUACGGAGUCUUGAUCUGCAUCAGCUGCCACGAUGUCAGGAGGCAGGAUGUCGUUCUCGGGGCUCUUCUUUACGCUCUCAUACCUAUCCACUUACUGGCCGCAUACAUCAUCGAGGUGGUGGCCGCUCAGCAAGCGCGAGGAGCCAUCGGCCGGAGACAGAGGAGCGACGCAGGCGUACGUACCCCCGAGAACGCUAAAGACAGGAGAGAGUUCAAUGCGACGUGGACAUACAUUGCUGUGGCUCAUACCAUCAAUGCUAGCCUGUGUCUCGGUAUCACCAACGUGGUGGUCUACUUUUAUAUCCAUCACCCGGGCAUCGGUACGCUAUGCGAGCUUCACGCUAUCAUCGUAUGGCUUAAGAACUGCUCAUAUGCUUUCACCAACCGCGAUCUUCGACAUGCGAUGCUGCAUCCAACCAGCCCGAACUUGCUGCCCGAGAUGUAUCUGGCGUGCCCCUAUCCCCAGAAUAUCACCUUCCAAAACCUGGCCUACUUUUGGUGGGCACCUACCCUGGUGUAUCAACCUGUCUAUCCGCGCACAUCACACAUCCGAUGGAUUUUCGUCAUGAAACGGACGCUGGAAGUCAUUGGUCUUUCGGUCUUCAUCUGGCUUACUUCGGCACAAUACGCUUCGCCCCUGCUCCGCAACUCUCUGGACAAGAUGGCAAUACUGGAUUUACCCUCCAUCCUAGAACGAUUGAUGAAGCUCUCUACCAUCUCCCUUGUUAUAUGGCUUGCUGGAUUCUUUGCACUGUUUCAAUCAUUCAUGAAUGCUCUGGCAGAGAUUACCAGGUUUGGUGAUCGUAACUUUUACGGAGAUUGGUGGAAUAGUACGGACUUGCAGACAUACUGGAGCACGUGGAACAAGCCCGUGUAUCACUUCAUGCGAAGGCAUAUCUUUUCGCCUCUGGUGGGCCGAGGAUGGGGUCCUCAGACAGCAAGUGCAAUGGUGUUUGUGUUCUCGGGAUUUCUGCACGAGCUGGCUGUAGGCGUACCAACGCACAAUAUACUUGGUGUUGCAUUCUUCGGGAUGGUGGUUCAGCUGCCACUGAUCAUGAUCACUAGACCAUUAACAAGGAUCGAGGGUAUCACAGGCAAAGUGAUUGGGAACUGCAUAUUCUGGAUCAGCUUUUGCUUGGUCGGCCAGCCCCUGGCUGCUCUCCUGUACUUUUUUGCCUGGCAGGCCAAAUAUGGCAGUGUGAGCAGAACAUACCACGCUUGA